AUGUCUUUACCGUUUCUACCUGGAACCUCCAACAAUAAACAGCUGGGGAAGAAGCGAUUCCACAAGUCCCAGCAUUUUGACUAUACAAAUGGACUCCCGAUGAUGGUGGGAUACGAGAAGCCAGGCAUCGGAGGAGAGCUGUUGAUCGGCCAGAAGUUUAAACCCAAUUGGUCGGGCUACCCCAGUAGAGAAGGCAAUGAUCUGGCAUCAUGGGUGGCCUUCGACAAACAGGUCCUGUGUUUUGAAGCGUACUUUGAAGAGGCUGUGCAUGGGGUGCAGGGUGAGAUGAACAAAGUCAGAGAGUGUAAGAUCUACUUCUACCUGGAGGAUGACACCAUGCAGGUUGUGGAGCCAAACCUGAAGUACACCGCCUUGCCUCAAGGAAUUUUUAUUGGUCGUCAACGUGUGCCGCUGCCCCCCCCAGACGACGACCAGUUCUACAGCGCUUUCCACUUCAACAUCAACCAACAGAUGGUGCUCUUCUCCCGCACGUUCACCGUGACCAGCUGUGACUCUUUCACCAGGAACUUUCUCUCCAAACUUGGGGUGAUUCUGAAUGAACCUGCGACUGUGCCUGAGGACCCCUACAGCAAACUGCGGGAGCAGAUUGAGACGAUGAAUCCCUACCGGCCUUUAGAGAGGCAUGACACACUGAAGCAGUUCCUGGACUACGACCGCCAAGUCCUGCGCUUCCGCUGCUUCUGGGACGACACUGAGAGCAUGUUCGGAGACACACAGGACUUCACCCUGCACUACUUCCUGUCUGACGACACCAUCGAGAUCCUGGGGGUUCCCGUCCCGAACUCUGGCAGAGAUAACACGCCCAAGUUCCUGCGUCGCUGCAAGCUCCCCAAGCACGGUCCGGCCCACAUGAAGCUGCCUGGACACGUCACCGACCGCACGAUGCUCAAUGUCAUUGACUCCAAGAGUCGAGGACAGCGCUUCAUCCUGGACAGCACCAAAGCCGGAGCCUUCCAUGAGGAGUUCUAUAAGGACAUUGAUCUGACUGUAGGUGGGGAGGUGAAUGUGUUUGGAAGGAGAUUCCUCCUCAUUGACUGUGACGACUUCACCAAAUACUACUACCGCUCCAAAUACGGCAUCGAGGACGUCCCCCCGAUCCAGCCCAGAGCUCCCCCGGCCCCCAAACCCCCGAGGCUGAUGCCCCCUUACAACGGCUUUGGCUCGGAGGAGGACUCGCUAAGCUUCUGCCGGGGCCUGCUGCCCAAGCCCCCGCAGAAAGAUUUUCAAAAGUUUAUGCAGAAAGACAGGUUGGACGAGUUGUUCAAGGUGCUGACAUUCCACGCCAAGAUCGUGACCAGCGAUCCCGUUGACAGCGAGAGGCUGUUCAUCAUCGCCUUCUUCCUCAUCGACGACUCCAUCAAUGUGUACGAGCCCCAACAGAGGAACUCAGGCGUCCUCGGCGGCAGGUUCCUGGAGCGUGUUCGUGUGAAGAAGCCCGGCCAGGAGCUGUUUCAGAGCGAGCCUCCUCAGUACUUUGAGGCUCAGGACCUGUACGUGGGAGCGAGCGUCUGCAUCAACAACCAGAACUUUCGGCUUCUUGAUGCUGACGAAUACACCUUCAGCUACAUGGAGCAGCACCCUGAGGAGUUCCCUAAAGCCAACGUGGGAAACAUCCUCAGUAAACUACGAUCGUAUCCGGAGGAGAAACUGAGUGAGAUGAGGAUGCUUCUGACUCUCGGUGACCCCGGGAACACCGGCUUCGUCUCCUAUGAGUCGCUCAGUGGCCUGCUGGUGAAGCUGGACUGUGAUCUGUCAGAGCAUGAGAUGCUGGUGCUGGGCCGAACCUUCUGCGUGCACGAGCAGCCCGAGGCGGACGGGCGUCUGAUGCUGGCCGUGAUCCAGGACCUCCUCAGAAAGAAGAACUUUGAUGCAUUCUCCGAAAUGACCACUUCCCUCGUGUACCGUGACCGACAAAAAACCGGCCGACUCUCCACCAAAGAGACGAGGAGCAUCUGUAAGGGAUCCAGACUUCCUCUGCCGGAGAGCCUGCUCGGUGGUCUGCUCAGCCACUUUGCAGACGGAGAUGAGAUCGACUACCUCGCCUUCAUGUCCGGGAUCAACUGGGUAGAGAACCCGGCCCCCCCCGUGGUGCCUGACGACACCUUGAAGCUGCUCUUCAUCUCGUCGGGUUCUGGAACCAAACUAGUGGCUCAGUCUCGGAUCAGGUUCCCGUCUCUUCUCCAACAUCUCACAGAGCUGCAGUUCCUGGCCCCACGGUUCACCCUGAACAAGCUGCUGGCCGAGAGGGCCGAGGAGAGGCGGUCAGAUUCUGUCCAGGACCAGGCUGAGCGGGUCCUGCCACCAGCAGCAGCGAUGGGGAAACCAGUGGUCGUCGUGGGCCGGGUCCGACUGGCCGGGCUGGAGGUGCUGAUGGGUGCUGGCUCUACGAAGCCCGGGCCGUCUGCUGUGUAA